AUGGAUGAAAGCAACAACAGCUCUGAAAAAGGAUUUCUUCUCCUAGGAUUUUCAGAUCAACCCCAACUUGAAAGGAUUCUCUUUUUCAUUAUUUUGUUCUUUUACAUCUUGAAUCUUCUGGGAAACACUGCCAUCAUAUUAGUGUCCUACCUCGAUACCAAACUUCAUACUCCAAUGUACUUUUUCCUCAGCAACCUCUCUUGUGUAGACAUCUGCUUCACUACCAGUGUUGCCCCACAGUUGUUGGUUACAAUGAGCAAGAAAGACAAAUCCAUGAGUUAUGGUGGUUGUGUGGCCCAGCUUUAUGUAGCCAUGGGCUUGGGUUCUUCGGAAUGCAUUCUUCUGGCAGUCAUGGCUUAUGACCGCUAUGCUGCUGUCUGCCGACCUUUACAUUACACAACCAUUAUGCAUCCACAGCUCUGUGCAUCCCUGGCUGGAAUAGCAUGGCUCAGUGGCCUUGUCACCUCCUUAAUUCAGUGCUCCCUGACUGUUCAGCUUCCCCUGUGUGGUCACCGCCAACUGGACCACAUUUUCUGUGAGGUGCCAGUACUGAUCAAGCUAGCCUGUGUGGACACCACUUUUAAUGAGGCAGAGCUUUUUGUGGCUAGUGUUGUCUUUCUAAUUGUCCCUGUGUCAUUCAUUUUAGUAUCAUAUGGCUUUAUAACCCAAGCUGUGCUAAGGAUCAAAUCAGCUGUGGGACGCAGAAAAGCCUUUGGGACAUGUUCCUCCCACUUGGUUGUGGUCAUCAUUUUCUAUGGUACAAUCAUCUUCAUGUAUCUCCAGCCAGCUAAAAGUAACUCCAAAAACCGGGGAAAGUUUGUCUCCCUUUUCUAUACCAUAGUUACCCCUCUCUUAAACCCCAUUAUCUAUACUCUGAGAAACAAAGAUGUAAAAGGCGCCUUGAGGACACUGAUAAUGGGAAAUGCUUUGGGGUCAGAAAGGGUAUAA